AUUUUCUUAACAUUUCUUUUAGUCAUAUAUUUUACGAACCUAAAAAUCCAAUUUCAUUUGCCUCCUCCCAUAACCCUACUCUCCUCUCUUCCAAACCAAAUUUCUGACGCAAUGAGCAGAUCCGGCCAACCUCCAGAUCUCAAAAAGUACAUGGACAAACAACUCCAGAUCAAGCUGAAUGCUAAUCGGAUGGUUGUUGGUACACUUCGUGGGUUUGAUCAGUUUAUGAAUCUAGUGGUUGACAACACCGUGGAGGUGAAUGGCAAUGAGAAAACUGAUAUAGGCAUGGUGGUUAUCAGAGGAAAUAGCGUUGUUACUGUUGAAGCACUUGAACCUGUAGGCAGAAUGCAGUGAUGCGGUUUUUUCUACUGGAAAUUCCGGAAUCACUUGAUGGUAUCUGGUGGUUGGAUAACAUAGAUGCUGGCCUCCUAGUUUGUGAUGGACUAUUAAAUUUAAUUAAGAACUCAUAGGAACAUUAGACUGUUAUUGGUGGAUUCUGCUCCUUUUCCUUCUCUGUACCGGAUUGAUUGCCCUUGAGCAUUCCGAAUAGGGUUUUAAUUGAAUGUAGAGAAGGGUAGUAACAGUGAAUACUUACCAUCUUAAAUGCUCAGGUCUAGAUUGAAACUUAUGGUGCAUAUGUUAAAGCUUGUUUCUAUUC